AUGAGAGGCUGUUGUGCCUCAGAGUCUCAGGAGAUUUCGGCGUUGUUGUCGGCGCUGACUGGGGUAACCUUUGACGUUACGGUACCUGGGGAGGAGCAUUGUGAAUCGCUUGCGACUGAGCGCGUCGUGUGGGAUCGUCGAGAGAACGUUCCUGACCGCUUCCCGCCAGCGCUGCCCGAUUGUGUAAGAAUUGGUUUUGCUGAUCAAGAUCGUAUCACCCCACGGCUGUUUCUAACCAUCGCUCUGCAGACGGUGGACGAGCUGAUGAAGAGCGGAGGUCGGUUGGUAAGCCAAGACCAGAUCCAGUUGGUGAGUGGUGCAAUUCGUCCGACGGUGAGAGUCGACUCAGCACGCGGCACCACGUCCGAGAGGAAUGCUGCUGACGAAGCGGAGAGAGUUCGAAGGGCCCAAGAGGUCUUGGUGCAGCUGGCCGAGGCUGGCAAGUUGACUGAAGGUGACUCAAUUACUCCGUUGCAGACAUCCAUGGCGAGCAUGAGCGAAUUGCGCGAGGCUCUGUUUAAAACCUACAAGGCACUUGAGCCCUCUGGUGACUACACGUCGUUCUUCUGGAAGGGCAUCUGUCGUCCGAUGUUGGGGAUAAGCUGGGAGGACAAGGUGGCAGUCAAGAGGAACAGACGCGGUGGCGUUGGAAAUUUCGUGUGCGAUCGGUGCAAACCCGGUGAAGUGAUGAGCCUGCCUGUGCCCAGCAAGGUGACCACGAACGUGCUGAGUCAACAUCCCAACAUGCAAGACUUCAUUCCUGACGAUCACCACCUACCACUUAAGGACUGGGUCGUGCUCGGGCCGGACGGCGAGGCUUACACGCCCCGCGGCCAGUGGCCGCCGCUAGAGACCGUGAAGGGGACCUGGAAGAGGAUCACCAGGAUGAGCGAGAGGGAGUUGGGCCGGAAAUCCCGGGAUGAAGGCCUCGUGACAUCCAUACCCUGGGU